AGUAAUGGAUAAGGUUACCUUGAAGCCCUGGUUCCAAGCUUUCUGACCUAUGCCCAUGAGAGGCUGCGCUAACGCCGGGGCGAAAUUUUCGGGCUUCAUCUGCUCUUUCCGCUGCCUACGCUGGCGGCUUUCCUCUGUCGCCUUUUUCCCUCUCCUUGGGAAUGGAAUUAUAAGCCGUUUCCCUGCGGCACACCCCACCCCCCCACCCCGCCCCGGGCCUCUUUCUCCAAGAACCCCUGCCACCAGGGAUAAGAAACAGGAUGCUGUGAGGUGUUCCGUGGCCAUUUUGAUUCUGGAGGAUCUGAACAUUCAAGCCUUGGCAACAAGUGACUUCUUUGGGUAAAAAUAGGGUCGUCGCGUCGUCUUGGAAGAACUGGCAGUCACAGGGCCAGCACAACACUCAGCUCCAGCCAAGAUUAGCGAGGAGAAACCCAGGGUUUUUUGUUUUUUUUCUUUUUUCACAUUUUAUCAAUAGCCCAAAUCUAUUUUUGCAAAGGGAUUACGCUUGACUAAAGUUCUGCAUUCUGCUAUGACAGAGUCCAUCACUGAAGUGCGAUCGUCGACGACGACGACCACUCUCAUUGACAGCAAGAAUGGGGACGUCGGUCACAUGGUCAGGAUGUCAAAGAAGACCAUGACCGAUGACCUGUACAGCACAUUCAGCACGCCCAUGGCAUGGAUCCUGGUCCUUGCCCUCGUAAUCACCUGGUCAGCAGUCGCUGUCAUCGUCUUCGACCUGAUGGACUACAAGGGGCUAACCGCCUAUACAUUUUACUGUGACGACCCCUGUUUACCACCUGGGCCACGCCCAGCCGGUGUCAGCAAAGCAAUAGAGGAGGCAGAGAGGCCUAGAGGAAGCAUUCAGGAAAUUGGCUCUGAUCCCAUGAAAGUUGUCAAUGAUGCAGUGGAGGAGUCUACGGACUGGAUGAAGACCGUCAUGACCUUUGUGUCAGACCUGCUAGCACCGGACGAGGAUGAUGACUAUGAAGGUGACCUGGCACACGGAGUGAGGAAAAAAGGAGAGUAUGAUGAUGAUGACGAUGAAGAAGAGGAAUAUUUAGAUGACUAUUAUUAUGAUGAUGAUGAGGAGGAUGAGGAGGAGGAGGAGGAGGAAGACAAAGAAGGAGAAUUUCUGCCAUCAAGGAAGAAAGUUGCAGAAAUGAUGGUGAAGGAGGAGGCCGAUGAUCAGGCCCCAGUUGUUGAAGAGGACGAUGAGGAGGAGGAAGAUGACGGUGACGACAUUGAUGAGGAGGAUGUUGUGGUGGAAGAGGAGGAGGAGGAGGUGGAUGAGGAGGAGGAGGAGGAGGAGGCGGAUGAAGAUGACCAUGAUACCAUUGAAGAAGAGGAUCUUGAGGAGGAGGGAGUGGAGGGUGUGGAGGAAGAGGAGGAGGAGGAAGAGGCCGAGGAUGAUGAAGAUUCAACUGUAAUUGAAACUGAUGAUGAGGAUGCUGAUGAACUGGAAGACGAUGAUAAAGAUGACAUUGCAGAUGAUGGCGAAGGAGAGGAGGUCAGUGAUGAUGAAUCUGCUGACGAAGAAGAAAUAGCAGUGGAUGACAUUGAUGAAGGAAAAAUAGUUCAUGAUGAUGAUGAUGAAGUAGAGGAAGACGAUGAAAUCGAUGAAGCUGGUGCUAUUGAGGGUGAUAAAGCAGCUGCUGCUUCUGCUGAUGAUGAUGAUGAUGAUGACAUUGAGGACAAAGAUCAGGACGAUGAAACUGAAGAGGAAGCACAUAAAGCUGAUGAAAAAAUGGAUGAUGAUGAUGAAAAAGAGGAGGUGGAUGACAAAAAAAUUAUUGAGGAUGAAGUUGAUGACAAGGGAGAUGCUGAUGCCUCUGAGGAAGAAAAAGAUGAUGAUGAUGAUGAUGAAGAUAAGGUCACAAUAGAGGUAAAAGAUGAUGAUGCUGUUGCUAGUGAUACCGCUGAUGCCGACGACAGCGAAGUAAUCCAACAAAAAGUUGAAGAUGAUGUUGAUAAGGAUAAAGAAGCUGGUGAUGAGGAUGAGGGCGCGGAAACAUCUGAUGGCCAAGGCGAUUCUAUUGUUGAAGAAGUUAAAGAUCUGUCUGAUGUCAAAGACAGUGGUGAAGACGAUUCAGGUGAUGAUGACAGAAAACAAUCUGAAGAUGUGGAAGAUGAAGAGGAUCACACUGAUGCUGCUGGCGCUUCUGAUGAAGAUGUUGAUGAGAAAGAUGAUGAACAUCUUGAUGCUGAUGCUCAGGAUGGAGCUGGGCAGGAUGUCAGCGAAGAUGACAAAGCUGAGGUCACUGAUGACAAAGACAUAGCUGGCAUUGGGGGUGAUGAUGAUGAUGAUGAUGAACACGAUGUUAGUGAUGAUGAAAAGGGUGAUGUCACUGAUGUUGCCACUGAUGAAGAUAAAGAUUCUUCUCAGGAUGCUGACAAAGACAUUGCUGAUGCCACUGAAAAAGAUGACUCUGACCAAACAGAUGAUAAGACAGACAGUCUUGACACAAAAGAUCAAGAAGAAGUUGUAAAAGAAUCGUAUGACAUUGCCAAAGGUAGUGACAUUGAAGAAUUGGAUGCUGUCAAAAAAGCAGAAGAUGAUGCUGAGCAUGAUGGGGGUGAACAGUUGAAGGCUGGUGAUGAUCAUGAAGAAAAAUCUCUUGAGAAAGAUGAUGGGGUUGAUAAGCAUCUUGUGGAGACCAUUGAGGAUCGUGGACUUGACACGGAUGUUGAUAUUAGUGAUGAAGUUGACAGCGGAACAGAUGGCGUAGACAGUGAUAAAGAUGACAAGGACGAUGAAGGCGCUACUGAUGAGAUAACAACUAUCAGUCAGGAGGGAGUAGAUAAAGAUGAGGUUGAAGCAGAGGAGAAGGUAGUCGAGGUAGAACAAGACAAAACCUCAGUUGUCAAAACAGGGGAAGCUGGAGAAAAAGAUGAUGGCGACAUCAUCGCUGACAUCACAGAGGAGAGCCUUACUAUUGUGUCUCAGGAUGAUGAUGUGGAGAAAGGUGGAGAGAAGGAAGCAGAACAUGAAAAAAUCCUACUUGUAAAACCUCAUGACAUAGACAAUGAGAAGAAGGAGGAAGAUGAGGAUGAGAAGGAUGAUUUAAAAUCUGUUGACAUCACUGCGGGUGAUACAGAGGAAGAUGUUGAAGAUGUGCUGAGUGUGGAUAAGGAAAAACCUGUGGACCAGGUGCUGGAACAAAGCCCAGUUUCCCAAGCGCAUGAAACAGAUGAUAAAGAUCUGGGCAGUAAAGAGGAUAACCAGGAUGAUGACAUAUUAGAUGUUGAUGAUAGUGAGAAAGUCAAAGAGCCGGCAAAGGAUGCGAAAGCUGAUUUAAUCAAAGAAGAGAGGAUCAAGGCUGAAGCCAGUCCAGUGUGCACAUGCCAUGUUAUGCUUCACACCAUGGAGGCAGUCUCUCAAGAAAAAGAGGUUCUACAUCAGCAGCGUAUGAAAGCCAUUGAACCUGCAAAAGAAAAACCGGAGAGAAAAGCAAGAGAUGAAAAGAAAGAACCUGAAAAAGAUAUUAAACUGGCUAAAGAAAAACCAGAGAAAAAAGCAAGAGGAGAAAAGAAAGAACCUGAAAAAGUCAUUAAACCGGCUAAAGAAAAACCAGCGAGAAAAGCAAGAGGAGAAAAGAAAGAGCCUGAAAAAGCGAUAAGGAAAUCAAGACCCGUGAAAGAGGAAAAGGAGAAGAAGUUGGCGAAACCCGACAGGAAAGCGGAGAAGGCGAAGAAGGAGGCGAAGGCAGAGGAAAGAGCGACGCCCAGAGCGAGGCCCAGGGCAGAGAAGCGGGCGAAGGCGGAAAUCAAAGAAGAAGCCAAACCAAGGUCAGCCAAAGAGGUGAAGAGGAAAGCUGAGCGUGAACCUGCUAAAAAGAAGACUCCAGGUGUGAAAAGAACAGAAGCUAAGCUCCUGAAGGAAUCAAAGCCUAAGCUCAAAGAAACAGGUAAACCUGAAAAAGUAGAGAAGAAAGAAGGCAAGAAAUUAUUAGAAGCGAAGAAAGAAGUUAAAAUCAAAGAGAAGGUUUUAUUGAAAGAUAAGGAAGUAAAGCCAGCGAAAAAGGCCGAAGUAAAAGAAGUUCGACUUUCUGCAGUGAAAACCAAGGCAAAAGCUGUGACUGCAAAGACAAAAGCUAAAAGAAAAGUUGCUAAAAGUGAAAAGGCAGAUGUUUCAAAGAAACCACGUGAAGAAAUCACAAAAAAGGCCCAUGCUUUACUGAAAAAGAAAGAACCAGAAGCUCAUAAAAGGGUGCCUGUUGAAGAAAAACCCAAGAAAAAAGAACCUGAAGUUACAAAAAAGGAACAUGCAGAACUACUUAAAAAGAAAGCCCCAGAAGCUGUUAAAAAGGUGCAUGUGGAUUCACCUAAAAAGAAAGAGGUUCCUAAAAAAGUGAAGACAGAACCAGCAAAAAAAGAAGGUAUUUUUGUUACAUAA